AUGGCUUCAGCCUUGACCGAAGAGCAAAUCGAGCAGUUCAAGCUCGCAUUCGAUCUUUUUGAUAAAGACAAGACUGGUGAUAUCACUGCCGCCGAGCUCGGCGAGGUGAUGAGAGAGCUGGGUCUGAGUCCAAGUGACGCCGAGCUCAAAGACAUGGUGGACGAGGUCGACGUCGACCAGAACGGCUCCAUCGACUUCAAUGAAUUCCUCACCAUGAUGUCGCACAAGGUCGAGCCCAGCGACGCUGAAAAGGAGCUCCGCGAGGCGUUCAAGGUCUUUGACCGCGACAACAGCGGCACCAUCUCCGCCGCCGAGCUGCGCAACGUGCUAACCUCGCUGGGCGAGAACUUGACGGACGAGCAGAUCGACGAGAUGAUCCAGUCGGCGGACAAGGAUGGAAACGGCGCCAUUGACUAUGAUGAGUUUGCUCUCUUGAUGACACAAGGCACAUCGUAA